AAAUGAGCCAAUUUGGACAACAAAUGAUAUCAUACCAAAAGAAGGAAACAUUAUUUCAAAGUGGUCCAGAAGACAAUAUUGAAGAGCACAAAACAAGGAACAAGCCGGACAAAGAAUCUCAUAGGCGCCCAAACAGGCGGCCAAAACGAAGGCCUUCGCGGCCGCCUACGGUAUUUUUGGAAAGUCAAACUUUGACUUUGACCGGAUUCGGAAAAGACCGUAGGCCGCCGACACUGGACGGAAGGCGGCCGCCUACGGUGACCGCCUGCGGCAGAAGACGACGAAGCAACCACCGGCCGGUGGGAUUUGACGGCAGGCGGCCAGACAGGAACGGCAGGCGGCCGCCUGCUGGACCGCCUGCGGUGGCCGGGAUCCGCCGGGAUCCGCCGGGAUCCGAUUUGACAGUGAAAAGACGGCAGGCGGCCGAUGGGUGACGGAAGGCGGCCGCCCUCUGUGGCCGCCUACGGCUGACGGAGACCAGCCCACGUGUCGUUGCCGGCGAGCUGACGGCAGGCGGCCAGUUGCUGCCGGAAGGCGGCCGCCUGCCCGGGCGCCUUCGGGGAAAUUUUUCCUAUAAAUUGCCCGAUUUUUCCUCAACUCAAAGACACCUCUUCCAAUCCUAAAUCAGUUCAAAACACCUUCUUUCUUCCUCCAUUUUCGAGCUCCAAAGGUCUUAGAGAGAGAAACUUCAAAUCUUCAUAUCUUCUUCAUUUUAGUUCCAAAUUAUGUCUGGAGGAAGACGUGACGAUCCCAUUUUCGAAGAGCCACCCGGGAUAUGCAGGAGGAGUUAGAGACCCAGAGGCUAGAUAUUGAUGAGAUGAGAGAUUGGCUUAGGCCACACUAUGGCCCUCGGGAUUACGCAGGCGAUGCUUAGUUUUGCUUCUUCCUUGACAUAUUUUUUUAUUGUGUUUGUUUGUUUCUUCAGGUUGGACAUUGCGCUGCUCUUUUGACUUGAAUGCUCUUACAAACUGACUAUGGAUGAUGUAAGGAUUUUAAAAAACCAUUUUACUCCUGUUUCAUUAUUCCUCUUCACAAAAUCUUUUCAAAACUCAAGUGUGAGGAAAGAACCAAAAAAAAAUAAAAAAAAAUGUGCCUUUAUUUCCCAGUUUUGUGCCUCAAAAGAAGACCUCGAGGGCGAGGUCCAGCUCAAGUGUGAGGAGGUUGCGUUUUACACUCAAAAGCUAAAACCUUAUUUUAGAACAAUCUUUUUACUAUUUUUGACAUGAAACAUUAAUUUCUCAAUUUGUUAUCAAUCUCAUAAAUAGCUUAGAUAAUCACCCUUAUUAUAAGAAUUUACUUUUAUUAUUAUUUAGAAAACUUGAAUUUGUUAUGGGUUUUUGGUUGUGAAUGUAAAGGGCUGAAUUUGUUUUAAUAGGACAUUCAUUUUAUUCAUUAAAACAAAAAUGUUAGUAUUAAUAAAACUCCAAAACUCAUUGUUAUAGGACAAUUCCAUCUCCGAAAAGGGGCUCUGUUUCAUUCGUUAAUCACAGUCUGUGAGAAUGAAAUAUGCAUUUACCAUGGGAUAACACCGCCAACAAGAGUGAAAAAGAGCAAAAAAAAAAAAAAAAAAAAAAUGGUGAACAAGAUGAAUGUCCCAAUUAGAAUAAUGAAAACCUUGGGAUAAGGAAUUGAUUGGUGGUUUAACAUAAUAAAUAGUUUUUCUUAAGUAAUACUAAUUUUAAACUCUUGUAUUUUGGGUGAUUUUUCUAAAAUGUUUAAAGAUUGAGAAUAAAAAGAAGAGGUUUUUGUUUCUACUUCUUUAAAAUAGCAAUUAGAUUGUAAUACAGUUAGACUUUACCUUUUGAGUGUGUUUACAACUAAUUCGUCGCUUGAGGACAAGCAACGCUUAAGUGUGAGGAGAUUGAUAAGUCCAUUUUUGUACUUAUUUUUCUUAUCAAAUUUAAGCGAUUUUUGAAUAAAAAUAGAAAGAAAAGGCAUGUUUUAGAUAUUUUGGUUCGAGUUUCAUGAAAUCAGGUAAAAAUCACAUCCAUAAUAUGUUUAGCGGGAUUUCGGGUCAAUUGAGCACAAAAUGAGCCAAUUUGGACAACAAAUGAUAUCAUACCAAAAGAAGGAAACAUUAUUUCAAAGUGGUCCAGAAGACAAUAUUGAAGAGCACAAAACAAGGAACAAGCCGGACAAAGAAUCUCAUAGGCGCCCAAACAGGCGGCCAAAACGAAGGCCUUCGCGGCCGCCUACGGUAUUUUUGGAAAGUCAAACUUUGACUUUGACCGGAUUCGGAAAAGACCGUAGGCCGCCGACACUGGACGGAAGGCGGCCGCCUACGGUGACCGCCUGCGGCAGAAGACGACGAAGCAACCACCGGCCGGUGGGAUUUGACGGCAGGCGGCCAGACAGGAACGGCAGGCGGCCGCCUGCUGGACCGCCUGCGGUGGCCGGGAUCCGCCGGGAUCCGCCGGGAUCCGAUUUGACAGUGAAAAGACGGCAGGCGGCCGAUGGGUGACGGAAGGCGGCCGCCCUCUGUGGCCGCCUACGGCUGACGGAGACCAGCCCACGUGUCGUUGCCGGCGAGCUGACGGCAGGCGGCCAGUUGCUGCCGGAAGGCGGCCGCCUGCCCGGGCGCCUUCGGGGAAAUUUUUCCUAUAAAUUGCCCGAUUUUUCCUCAACUCAAAGACACCUCUUCCAAUCCUAAAUCAGUUCAAAACACCUUCUUUCUUCCUCCAUUUUCGAGCUCCAAAGGUCUUAGAGAGAGAGAAACUUCAAAUCUUCAUAUCUUCUUCAUUUUAGUUCCAAAUUGUAGUCUGCAUAUCAUGCCAGCCAAUUGCAACCCUCCUUGUUCCACAGCUAAGCUCGGAUAUACUCCGGACACCGGUCUCUAAUCCUGGAAGUGCCGAGCUCCGAAAACUGUAAGGGGC